AGCUGUUUGUACGCGGUCUGUAUUGUGAUCUGCGGAUCAGCUGGGCGAAGCAAUAACAUCAAACACAAACACAAGCUGCAGAUGCUACGGCUGAAGCGACGUGUAAAACAACAUUUACACGCAGAUUUCUUCUAAGAAGAAGCACUUUUUCUUUUUUUGUGAAAUUACUACCUCAUACAAAAAGAACACCUAAAGCUAUGCUUUAAGAUUUUUGUGUUUUUUUAUUGUGUGGUCGUCGCGUUUACAACUUGAAUAAUUUUGCAUCUAAGACAGAUCUCUGCACCAAGUGAGACCUUAUAUUAUAUUGCGCCUUCUCUGAAGACUCAAAAAAGGCCAGUACACCUGUGAUCAACCUGCCAUCUGUUACAUCACUGAAAAAAUACAAAAAACUAGCCUCUUUAGUUAAUUAAACAGCUAUUUAAAAAAAAAAAAAACCUUCUAAGGCAGCUAUCCCUCAGGAAAAAAAAACUGUGACCUUUGACCUCCGAGGCAGCCAUGUUCCAGCGGUUCACCAGUUUGUUCUUUGGAAGCGAGGAAGAAGUUACUCCAGAUCUGAAGGGACCAAAGCCCUGUGUGUCUGAGGCUGAUGAAGAGGGAUGGCUCCUGGUCAGUCUGCACGAGGGAGCCACGGCGGAGGCCAGCCCCAUGGAGGACCUCCUCAUCGAGCACCCCAGCAUGUCUGUGUACGUCUCCGCUGGCCCUCUCCCUGCGAAGGAAGAGAGCACCACCAGCCUGGCCAGCAGUGUCAGCAGGAUGACUGAAUCAGCAGCACCCGUAAUGACCAGGAGCAGCAUGCCCACACGGGUGACCCGAGGAGCAGCCGCACAGGCAGGGGCCCUGGCCAAAGUCACCCAGGUCUCCAGGGUCCAGAGGGCCAAAGCCCGCACUGAGCGUCGCCAACUGGCACGCAACCGCAUGCAGCGCCAAAACCGUGUGCGUGAACAGGUGCAACGGCGCGCGACCCACACCCGCAACUCCUUCCUGCACCAACCGUGCCAGCGCAACUUCAGCCACUGAUGCAUUAAAGUUUACAUUGAGGGCAUUAUAACCCACACCUCCCAACAAAUCCCCUACCUUCUCAAGUUCUCCUUUUGCUUUUACUGGUUAUGUCCAUAAUGUUAUUCAUUUUCAUAUUAAUCAGGUUUGUCUUUGAGCACAAGCCAGUUUAUCCUCUUUUCAUUCUUAUCUGGAAACCCACUACCAAGCACAAUUACUCUAAGACGAUUAAUGUAUUCGCUUAAAUGGCCAUGUACCUCCAAUAACACCUAAAUCAGUUUCCCUAUCUGGGUGUGUAGCUGAAAAGGACAUACAUCCCUCUAAAUGUAUAACAGUGACACUUUAGGUACAUUGACACUAUUCGUUGAAACAUAAUCAGGUUAAAUUGUCAAAAAUCCAACCACUGAAUGCUUCAUAGAAAUAAGAUCCUGAGAUCACAUCACACUAAGAGAACAAAAAGCUACUACAGCAAUAAAAAGUUCUCUUUAAGACAGCAAGAAUGAAAAGUAUGUAGAUGAAGUGUGAGCAAGAAUAGUUAGCAGAUGCAUGCAGUUGAGAGUUUGCAGAUUAAGACAGAUCUAGCCAGAAUUGUUUGUUAAGAGGUCAUUUCAAAGCAGAUGUUGCUGCCUGAUUUUCAGCAUAGUGGUGCUAACUUUCCAAAGUAAUUCAACUCCCAAACUAUUUCAUUUAAUUGCUUGCUUUUGAAUGACCUCUGUUCCUAAACCUAGUAAACCUAAACAAGGCCGUAUCCUUCCAAGAAAAAGAAGAAAUCAAUUCUAGAUGGUGGAGAAAGUGGGCACUGUCAAUUUUAUACAUAGUCUGAAUGGGAAAAAAUACCCCAGUGCAUUUAUAAAUAGAUAUUUACAAACAAUAUUUAGAUGUGCUAUGAUCAUUUGAGCUUAUUAGAGCAUUGCCUUGCCUUAGCUUAGCAACAUGCUAACAUUAAAUUCUAUUAGAAUCAACUGUAAGCAUCAAAACGCUUGUGUAUUUAGUCAUUCGUUCAGUACCAAAAAGGCAACAUGUUACCAUCAAACUCUAUUAAUAUAUAUUUUUAUUUAUGUCUCUUGAGGCAGCUUCUCAAGGUAUCUAGCUCACUAGAUUUAGAAAACGAGCCUUCAUGUAAACUGACAGAGGAGUCCAUCAUGGAUAGUACUCAUAUAACAACAACAACAUAUUACUAAGAAGACUAAUUAUUCUUUUUCAAUGAUCUAUUAUGGAUAUAGGGAUUUAGCAUUUCCGUAAAACAUGACAUGAUAGCUUCCCUGUCAACAUCUAAUCUAUUAGGAAGCAAUCGCAGGAGUAUCGGGGCAAUGUGCAAUGUCUUUACAGAUCAGCUUAGAGCUGACGAGAGGUUGCCGUAGACUGUGGAUAUAAUUGCUUAGAGAAUGUGCAGGAUAGUAUCGAUUGUGACUCUUUAUUUGCUUCAUGCAGGAUUACUGUUUGGUGAAUUUCAUAAUCUGCAAAAUAUAGUUACUUUAGAUUUUGGGAUGCAAUGUUUAUACAAGUUAUUGUGAGACUGACCUGAUGCUCCACAAAAAAAAAAAGAAAGAAAAAUGAUAUGCUUGUCCACUGCAAAGCUUUCAGUGUAGUUGAAAGUUCCCCUGUCCAGCACUUAAUGCUUUCACUGUGUGUGAAAUCACUGUGACCACAGAGACAACAAAUGAAAACGUCUCCCAUGACCAUUUCUCAGUUUCUCAAAACAUCCGUUUUUCAGAUAAUGUCAUUAUGUGCAUUUCAUCAUACCUCUUAAAUACUGAUUAUACGAAUGUGCUUGACAUCUUUAUUGUAUUCUGAUGUCUGUCAGCGGUUGCUGGGUCAGCGUCUCUCUUUUGCUGGACCCAGCACACAUGCACUCACACGAACGCAUACGUUGAAUCCUAAAAUGUGCUCUUCCUUGAUAGUCAGCGAAUACUCUCGGCACAUUUACAGGAGAUGCAUCCACCACGUUGUGAUCUAUCUUACAUGUGUAUUCAGUAAUGAAUAGACUAACAAUGGUGCUUAAAAUAUAUAAUUAUGACUGUUUGUACAUAUUUUGAGACUUUGAGAAGUUUGCACUGUCUUACGUUGUAUGGAGAAUCAUGGUAUUUAGCAGUAUGCUGUUUCGUUUGCAAUGUUGAAUGAGAUGCCAACAUGCAUGAGUUGGAGAAAAAAAGCUACAUUAAGAGGUAAAGUUGCAUUCAAAUGUAUGUAAUUGCAAACUAUUUACAGUUCAGUGUUUGCAUUAUUUUCAUUUUGAAACAUCACCUUCCAGUUUUCAUGGUAUCGUUUAACCAUACGUUGCUCCAAAAACUUGAGCACAUGUUCUUAUUGGGUAUUUUAUGAUAGGAACCAACGUUUGCCAUGUUGUCAGUACCACCAUAGAGCUCUUUUGCAUUAAGAGGAUUUGAUUUCACAUGCAAUUUUCUUUUAUUCUUAUGUCAGAUUAGUGUUGAAUCAUUUAAAGAGUUCUUCUUGUAGUCUUUCCUAUCACCUGCCAAAAUCUGUACAGCUAUUAUCGUAGUAGGCUAUCUAUCUAUUAACAACAUAAUGUAACUAUAAUGUAAAUCUAAAUAUGCUUUUAUUUCUUUGUUUUCUUUUUAAACUUAUAUUGACUCCACAGAGAGUGCAGUACGAAUGUCAGUGGUGUAUCUAGGAAAAUCCAAAGCCCUGUAGCCUUACAAGGGUCCUUGACAUUGUCCACUUGAAGCUCGUCUUCUAUUUGCAUUGGUUCUACAUGUUAGAUGAAGUGGACACGGCAAUAUCGCAUAAUGAACAUACAUUCAGUGAUCUCUGGCCUCUGAACAGAUCCACCGCUGCUGUUCAGCGCAACAACUGGGCAAUGUACACUCUGUGUUAUUAUUCUGUGUGUGUGUGUGUGUGUGUGUAUUCAAUAUGAUUCAUUUAACUUUUGGGAGUAGAAUGAUAUCCAUUAGGCCUCAUAGCGAUAUUUAUUUGUGAUUUAAGGGUUGACUGAAAACAUGAAACGAGAAAAGACUACAAAAAUAAAUAUGCUUGUAUUUUUUCCUCAUAUUGUUAUUAGAAGAGAUGUUCACCUUAGUAACAAAGUACAAAUAGAGUAUUAAAAAAAUGAUUGGUGUAUCAUGAUAUCUAUAGUGAUUGUGCCUUUCACUGUUCUGCAUGGUUUUCAUGAUGUGCCGACUGUUUCAUCCAUUUGACAUGGGCACCAGAGACCUAUGCAAAAUCCUCUGAUGGGUUUCCAGCGUCCUUGCAGAAAUGCAGGUACCAGACAAUAACAAUAAACACUCAGGAUGC